AAGCAUAAAAGAAACACCGUAAGGAUAGACAUCAUAGCGUUUGCCGUGAUCAAAUUGUUGAUUGAUAACUGAUUGGCAUAAUUUUUAACAUAAUUAAAGUUCUCAAGGAACUCUAAAUAAACAUUUCGAAACAUCAAAAUAGACUUCCGAAAGGCCCGCGAAGCGAUUACUUAAGAGUAUCCCUCGCCCUUAUAUACUCGUCUUGUAAAACAAGAAAACUUGGCCCCUCUGUUUCAAGAAACAAGCUCCAAUGGAGGAACAAGAACAAACCCAAAAGCCUCAAGCCAACAACCGCCGUUUAGUAUUGUUUCCAAUCCCUGCACAAGGCCACAUAAACCCAAUGCUUCAACUGGCAAACAUCCUCCACUCCAGAGGCUUUUCCAUCACAAUCAUCCACACUCACUUCAACUCCCCCGCCAAAUCCAAACACCCUCACUUCACCUUCCUCCCCAUCUCCGACGGGCUUUCGCCAACCGAGGCCCCAAUGGGAAAUAUUCUCUCUUUCCUCACUCUGCUCAACUCCAACUGUGUCGCCCCGUUUCGGGACUGUUCGGCUGGAUUACUAGCAGAUGGCCCGAUUGCUUGCUUGAUAACUGAUGCUAUUUGGCACUUUUCGCAAUCGGUUGCUGAUGGGUUUGGGAUUUCGAGGAUUGUUUUGAGGACUAGUAGUGUUUCUUCUUUUCUGGUUUAUGCUGCCUUUCCAACGCUGCAGGAAAUGGGUGAUCUCCCCAAACAAGAUUCCCAACUAGAAUCACCAGUGCCAGAGUUAGCACCACUCCAUGUCAAAGACCUUCCCUCAAUCACAAAAAAUGACUCCAAAAACUUAUACAAGCUACUCAGCAACAUGGUGGAACAAUCCAAGGCCUCCUCAGGCCUAAUUUGGAACACUUUUUCGGAACUCGAAGAAUCUGCACUGAUCCAAUUACGCGAACAAUUCCCCAUCCCAAAUUUUCCAAUUGGCCCGUUCCACAAGUCCUCUCCUGCCUCGUCAAGUAGCCUACUAACCGAAGAUAGGAGUUCCAUAUCCUGGCUAAAUACCCAAAAACCGAAAUCAGUAUUAUACGUGAGUUUCGGAAGUAUUGCUGAUAUGGGUGGAAACGAGUUCCUGGAAAUGGCAUGGGGGUUAGCCAACAGCAUGCAGCCCUUUUUGUGGGUGGUUCGACCGGGAAUGAUCCGUGGAUCAGAGUGGCGCGAGGCGUUGCCAGGUGGGUUCAUGGAGAAAGUUGGGAACAACGGAUGUAUCGUCAAGUGGGCCCCGCAACAAGAAGUGCUAGCUCAUUUUGCUGUAGGAGGGUUUUGGACUCACAACGGAUGGAACUCGACGUUGGAGAGUAUAUGCGAAGGAGUGCCGAUGAUAUGUUCGCCUUGUUUCGGGGAUCAGCUGGUGAAUGCAAAGUAUGUGAGUGAUGUUUGGGGGAUUGGGUUGAGGUUUGAUAAAGGGGUGGAGAGAGGAGAAGUGGAGAGAGGGAUUAGGAGAGUGAUGUUGGAGAGAGAAGGGGAGGAGAUGAGAGAUAGGAUUUUGUGCUUGAAGGAGAAAGUGGAUGCCUGUCUCAAAAAAGGGGGAUCUUCAGAUCAGUACUUGGAACAAUUAAUAACUCACAUUUUGUCUUUCCAGUAGGAAUAAUAUUUUCCGGGAAACAGUAGGAGUAAUAUUGGUCUUCUGUUUGUGGGAUUUUUAUUUUCUGACGGCCAGUGCUAUCUAGGCUAGUUUGCGCACUUCACAGUCCGAUCAAAGACGGGCCUUUCGCCCUGGAACUUUUAAUGUUUUGAUGAUUAUGUGGCUAUUUUUGUUUUUUGAGUUUUGUGUUAUGGCUGCCAAUUGUUGGUCUAGCCAUUGAGAUUAGUGAGAUUAAAUAUGUGCAUUUAAAUGUGAGUCCUGUGACAGUUAUAUA